AUGGCGUCGGAUGCCGGAAGCCUUGCGUCCAGUGUCGAUGCCGUACUCCAGGAUGCCGCAGCUCUGCAGGCUUUUCGGGAAUGGAUUCGAUUAGAUCCAUCGCGACCACUGGAUUGCCUUUCUCUUCAUUUCGCUAUAAAAGGCUACCAAACUUAUCUAUCCAGAAACGAACCUAACACCUCCAGUAUGGCAUGCACAUUACACAGAAAAUUUAUUAGUCAACGUACGGGUACGUGUUCGUUCCUACCGUCCUCGGUACGGAAAGAAAUGUCCACAAGAGUGCAUGCCCUUAACAGCCAGCAUCCACCGUAUCCGGAACUAUUCGAUCCGGUACAGCCAGCGUUAAAGAAGCAGCUUAACGCUCUUCAUUCACAAUUUGUCUCAUCGCAUAGUUUUCUAGCGUAUCUUGCUCGAAAUGGAAGUGAAGGAUCUUCUUCGGCGACACCUGUAGAUGAAUUUCAUCUGGUGCCGAUUCCAUGUCUUGCACCAACGUCAACUUUGAUGCGUGAUUCAAGCAAGAAGACUAAAGGGUCAAAGGCAAGAGCUUACUCCUGCGAUGCUUCUACAAGUCGUGACAGCAAUGAAAAACCUAUCGCAAUCGAUAGGGAAAGACAUUUGUUUAAGCAUACCGAUGGUUCAAUACGACAUGAUAUUCCGGAAGCACGAGAGGCAUUCGCCUCCGUUUUAACCGAAAGGCUGGAAGUGAUUAGUCGAGAAUUGGAUCGAAGCGACGCAAAUACGUAUGCUCGGGAUUUGCCGAGGGAUCUGGCCACUUGUUCCCUUUUGCCUUCACUUCAUGACAGUCGAAUAUUGGAGGAGACGACUAGCGAUGAAGAGGUGGAGAAAUAUGUUGGACGUAUUGAGGGUGCUCGUCGUAGAUCCGAAUCCGCUUCACCUGUUCUCUUCAACUUUCGUCCGAACAAAGCAAAUCCAUACGAGAACGGAUUUGCUCCACCACCACCAGCACAGGAGUCACAAUUCUCAUUCUCGGACAUACCGACUCCACCAGUAUUCUCCACACCGAAAAGAUCAAUGGAUUAUCGAUUUUCGGAUUCAAGCGGUUUCUGCAGUUCAGAAAGUGCUUAUCUGUCGGAUCGAAGUUUUGGGAGGAAGAAAAUUGGUCUUGAUAUCCAUUCGUAUCAUCUUGGAACAAGCAGUCUUUCUCGAAGACAACACUUAACCUUACCAAAUCAGAACAUUUUUAACACUUUACAUUGUCGCCCGGUUACUGCUGCUUCGUUAACUCUUACACUUCGUGAAAACGGACAACCACCAAUGGUGGCGAAAAUUCCGUCCGAGAUGAUCACUUUGGUGAAAUUCCGGCGAAUUUUUGGGAUUUCACGUGCGGAGAAUAAAAGGUUCCUCUUCAAAAGCACCUGUGAGGAUGGUUCAGCACCGUUCCAGUGGAGUUUAAUUACCGAUGAUAAUGCGGUUCUACCAUUAUUCGACGGGAAAAUUACUGCUGAAUGCCGUCAUUUUGACGAAUCCGACUAG